UCGCAGGUUAUCGAAGUUGGCGGAAUGGAGGGGAAACUUCUGCAAAAGGUCGUCGACUUCGCGUACACCUCGGAUCUGGACCUCUCCACCGAAAACGUCCAAGAGAUUCUCCACGUGGGCUCGUACCUCCAAAGCUCGUUAAUCGUCGAACCGUGCUGCGAAUUCCUGAAGAAACACAUCGAUACAGACAACUGCGCCGACUUCUACCCGCUCACAAGAACCUACAACCUGCUCGACCUGGAAGAAGCGGUGGACAAGUUCGUGUUGGACAACAUCAUCGUUCUGUCCAACCGGCCGCAGUUUCAGAAGAUCGAACUGCAGAAGCUGGUCCAGCUCCUGAGAUGCAAUUCGCUACGCGUGAUGUCAGAGGCCGAGGUGUUCGGGAUCGCUAUGAAAUGGUUACACCAUGAUGUGGCACGUUGGGAGCAUAUGAACAAGAUACUGGAGUGUGUGAGGUUCCCACUUCUGCCCCCACAACAGAUGAUGAUGACUGUGGCUCGAGAGUGGGACCUUGUUAAGAAAGAUUCCCGUUGUGUCGCCUUGUUAAAGGAGGCCACGAGGUACCACAACAUGGUGUACCGACAGCCCAUCUUCGAGACGUCGCGGGUUGGCCUCCGUUCCGACUACGAGUGCGCGGUGACCUUCGGAGGGAUCGUUCAGCGCGGGGAAGAGGAGGAGAGCUGCAAGGACGCGACCUUCUUCGACACCUACAGUCAAAACUCUGCCUGGAAAGACCUGGCUGAACUGGAGCAGGAAGUCAGCUACCACUGUGCUGCUGUCCUGAACAACUUUGUGUACAUCGCGGGCGGGGAGGCUCCCAGUGUCUCCAAACUCAGCAGCCACAAGUUAGCCGUCAACACUGUCUGGCGGUACGAGCCCGGGCGGAACCAGUGGCUGUCGGUCGCGUCCAUGCAGGAGGCCAGGAGCGACUUUUCUCUGGUUACCGUGGGCAACCACCUGUACGCCAUCUGUGGCCGGAACAAAACUGGGGAAAUCUUUUCAGUAGAGAGGUAUGAUCCGAUGGUUGACGAGUGGAAAUACGUUACGAGAGCAACUGAGAAAGUGUUCGGCCAUGCCGGGGCCGCGCUUCAGGGUAAAAUCAUCGUAGCUGGAGGGGGUCGGAAUAAAAUUUUCCACAACCGCGUACAUUCCUACGAUACCUCACUAGAUGAAUGGUCCGAGAAAGCUCCGCUACUCUCUCCGAGGGCCUUCCAUCGCAUGGCCACGGUCGGAGACAAGGUGUUCGCCAUCGGCGGAUACAAGAAUCGGUCGGGACCGGGGUUCCCUGUCAACGAUGUCGUGUCUGUGGAAUGCUACAACAUGGCAGCAAACCAAUGGUCAGCGGUCGCGCCGAUGUUGGAGCCGCAAACCGGCGCGGGAGUGGCCGUACUCAACGACUGCAUCUACAUCGUGGGAGGGCGAGCGUUCAGUUCGACUUCAUCGCGGCGGUCGGUGCGCCUGAAGACUGUCACGAAGUACGACACCGCGAGGAACAGGUGGGAGAGGUGCAGUUCCCUCCGACAGCCGCUAAGGGGCGCUGCUUGCUGCACACUGAGACUGCCACAGCGACUUUUCUCCAUGAGCAGACUUAUAACCACAGUGUAGAAACUUCACAUACAGCAUUACAUUGAUAAAAGUUAGACUUCCAGGUAAUAAGAUAUACCACGUGACAGUUACUCAAGCGACUGGAUAAGAUUUGGAAACAAACAUUUCAGACGUUGUCCUCUGUCUUUUGUCAGUGAUUGGAUGAACAUCUGGAUUUACUUCAUGUAGCUUUUAAAUCAAAACUCCCAGGGAACUGAUAUAUUGAUGAGGGUAAGAUGUUGGUUUAAAAGAUGGUAAAUCCAGAUGUUCAUCCAGUCACUGAUGGAUGCUGUCUGAAAUGCAGGGCUCUAGCCAGCUCGAUUUUUUUUCCGUCAUCCAAUUCCCAUUGUCGCGAAAACACUAUUCCAUGAGUUAGAGAGACUGAACUGAGACCUUGAA